AUGGGACCCGCUGAAGACGACAACAAACCCGACUUCCGGGCAACGGUUUCUGGGGUGGAAAAUAGCAUACACACGAUUCACAGGUGUUCACUUGAUGUUCCAAAAGACGAAGCACGAUUUCUUACAAAAUUAGACUUGACGCUCAUAUCGGCGUCGGCUCUUGGUGUAAUGUGUCGCUAUCUUGAUCAAGUCAACAUUACAAAUGCCUUCAACAGUGGUAUGAAAGAGGAUCUUUCGCUGUAUGGCAAAGAGCUCAACUACGCCAACGCGAUUUGGAGUGCUGCCUACGUUUUCGGACAGAUACCUUCGAACCUGCUUCUUACUCGAGUCAACGCCCCUCUCUACAUUGCGUUCCUUGAGUUUGCCUGGACGGUCUUCACUUUCGCCACUGCCGGCGUCAAAGAUGUCAAACAGCUUUACGUGUUUCGCUUCUUUGUUGGCCUGUUUGAAGCCGGUCACUUUCCCGCCGUCAUGUACGUGUGUUCGAGUUACUACAAGCCGCACGAACUUGCGCGGCGCAACACCCUGAUUCAAAUCUUCACCUCCGUCGGGCCACUAUUCUCGGGCUUCUUGAUGGCCGCCGUAUAUGCCGGGUUAGACGGCAGAAGCGGCCUCGCAGGCUGGCGAUGGAUGUACAUGAUUUUCACGGAAAAGGAAAUCGAGAUCGCUCGCUCCCGAAUGCCGACCGAGGUCAAGCCUCGCACUGGAUUGUUCAAGUGGAAAGAUAUCAAACGCUGGCACACGACGUGGCACGUUUACCUCUUUCCAUUGUUCUUUACUUUCCUUACACAACUGGGACAGUCUGGAGGAUCAAUGAUCUUCUGGGUCAAGAGUUACAACGUACCCGGGAAACCAGCCCGUUUCUCUGUGGCAGAGAUCAACAUUAUCCCUCUCGGAAUCAACAUUAUUUCCAUCGUUGCUACCCUUGUCAACUCUUGGGUUUCGGACAGCUUGCCUGGAGCAUCUCGCUGGCCCGGCAUGCUAUUCGCUAGCGUCAUGGGCAUCAUAUUCCCAAUUGCACUGGCUGCCACACCCGUGCAUCCAGCGAAUAUCGCAACUCGAUGGGCGUUGUACUACCUCACCGCCCUAGCGACUACAUGUGCUGGCAUCACCUGGACAUGGGUGAAUGAGACUAACAGAAACGAUCCUGAAAAGAGGGCGUACGUGUCUGCCAUGAUGAACGCUUUUGCCUACAUCUUUACCGCUUGGGUGCCUAUUUUCACCUUCCCUGCCAAUCUCCAGCCAUACAUCGUCACUGGUAACUACAUCACGGCUGGUUUCGGGGCAGCAAGCGCACUAACUGUUCUUUUCAUUCGCUACUUUUACAAUAAGGACGUGAAGAGACAAUACGAUCUCAAAAUAUGA